CCCAGACAGGCAGACAAGAAGGCCCUCACACGCACUGCACAUGACCCAUACAUCCAUCCAUUCAAUGCAUGCACAAACAUGAUCAGGAGCCACCUCAGUGCUCAACCAAUCUGUCCUCACACGUAGGUAUGAGCGGUGCGUCAGUCAGUCCGUCACCCACAGGCUCAACGUUUCACAGCAAAUAAUCGCUCCCCCCAUCCCAUCCGUCCGUCCCUCACCCACAGAUGCCGCUGCCAGAGCAUCGUGCCAAAUGCAUCCAUCCCAUACAUAUCAUCGCUCCAAGCUGAAAACCCCACACAUCCAUGCCAUGCAAGCACAUUCAGUCUCGCUAAGCUAAGGUGCAUGGCAUGUCUGUAAGGGAAAAAAGCAGAUUGACGUACUGACAAAGCUAGGGAGGGAUUCACUCGGAAAAAACCCAUCGAUCGAUCGUUGGUCGGUUGCUCUCUCUGGGGAUGGAUGGUCGCAGCCGACGCAGAUAGAUAGACAUGUGGCGAAAACCCACGCGUAUGCGCGCAGGAGCAGGCAGACAUGUCUGUCCCCUCUCUUAUUCUCUCUUUCCUUGCUGGCUGGCUGACUGACAGCAACUCGAUUACAUAACAUACACAUACAUACAUCUUUCAAAUGACACCCCCUCCCCCCCCCCUCCCUCACUCAGUCACUCGCUGCAGCCAGCCGCCCCACUCGCACAGACAUGCAAACAUACAUACACACAUACAUACACACACAUGCACACAUGCACACAGGUAGGGUAGAGGUACGUACAAGCUAGGUACACAUACACAUACACACACAUGAACAAAUUCGUCAACCCACCCGUUCGUCCAUCCAUCCACCAAUCCACCGACCAAUCCUCUAUCUAUCGCUCUCUCACCGCCGUCCGUCUCGGUGUGCCAGCUUUGUGGCCCGCCCCACACGCAAAGGAGUGCAUUGCAUAUGAAUGCGGUGUCCGUAAGGUAGCUACUCAACAGCUAGGCGCCUGUCUGUCGGUACGUGUGUGGUGGGGUGGGGUGGGGUGGGGUGGGGGGGUGAGUAAUUGCUGCGUGACCGACCCAUUUGGGGAUCAAGGUGGCCGCAUCAUUGCAGGUGGGAUGAGUAGUGAGGCCCGGCCCGCCCUUCGAUUUAUGCUGCAUCGUGUUUGGGCCUCUGUGCUUCGAGCGUCUUGUUGCAGUCGCGCGGGUCCAGCAGGUUGUCCAGAGGCCACCACGCUAGGUGCGCAAACUGAUCAAGGAAGGUACCACACACACAUGAUGAUGAAGGAACAUCGCCCUGUCUGUGUUGCCAUCCAUAUUCUCUCUGUAUGUGUGAGUGCUGUCCUCACGUAAAGGAGGAUGGGCUCGGGCAUGCACCGCGACACCACGUCGAUGAAGAACGAAAACCCGCCAGGGGCCGCGAGGCGUGCACCCUUCAUCAGCCGCCGCACACCGAACGCAGCGACCUUCUCGGUCUUCUCCGUCAGCAUGUCGUGCGCUGAUCGACAGGUCGAUGGAUGGAUAGAUGCCAAGAACGAAGAGACAGACACACAAAUCUGCUAGUGCUGGCGGUGCUGUGGGUGUGUGCUGACUGACCAAUGAGGGCGUUUUCCGCCUCGCCGGCGAAGAGGGACGACUUGGUGCCGGGGGGCUAAACACACACACACACACAGAGGGGAGAGAGAGAUGCACGAGAGCACCAUAUGAGUGGGAGUGCCAUCUGUCGCUGCUCCUUCCUCGCCGUACCGUGAGGCAUGUGACGCCCACGCCGUGAGGGCGCAGCUCGUAGCCCACUGACUGGGACAGACUCACCACAAAUGCCUGGGUGAAGGGAUGGAUGGAGGAGUGUGUGCAAAGGGGGAGAGGAUGUAAGGGCGCACGAGACGAGAAGAGGCCUCCCUCGAUAGAUAGUCGUUACGUACGUACCUUGGUAGCAUGGUACAUGGCGCAGCUUGGACCGGGUAGCCAUCCCACCACCGAGGCGUUGUUCAGUAUCCUGCCGCACCCACGCCUGCAUCCACAGACACACAGCAGAUGAGAUGAAGAGGGGAUGACCACCGCGUGUGUGCGUGUGUGUGGAUGAGCGUGUGUGUAACGCGACGCACUUGGCCAUGUCUUCUCCAAAGAGGCGCAUGAGUAUGGCGUAUGAGAUGGAGUUGAGCUGGGUCAUCGACAUGAUGCCACUCAGCUCCUCAGAGAGGUAGGCCGAGCGGUUCAGACGACCAGCGUUGUUCACCUGCCAUCACGCCAUACACAGACCAACAUGGCCAUCCAUGUGCGUCUGCCUCUCUGCACACGGAUGUGUGUUUGUCUCUCUGUGCGUGUGUGUACCAGAAUGGCCACGUGGUGGUCGUCUCCCUUUGUCAGCAGCAGGUCGUUCACGUCACGAUGAAGCUUCUCAGCGCCACCCGCAACACCUGUCGUCGACACAAACACACACACACAUAAUACGCGCGACACACAGAGAUGCUCUGGGUGCUCUUCGUCAGCCUACCGAGGUCGGCGGGGAGGGUGAGCACCUUGACGCUGUACUUCUCGGCGAGAGCCUCGGCAGCCUCAGUCAGCUUGGAUUGGUUGCGCGCAGCUGAGCGACCCACACCAGACACAGACACAUCGAUCGACAUGUCAUGUGGCAGUUAGUUCGUCUGUGUGUGUUUGCGGACCUAGAAUGAGGUUGAACUUCCUCUUGGCGAGCUCCUCCGAGAUGGCCCGACCGAUGCCGUGACCGCCGCCCGUCACCAAGGCAUACCUACACAUCAGACACACCAGGGCGUGUCCCCGGGAUACUAUCGCAGCCGCUUGUCCGUCCGUACUUUUCGUCGCUGGGUUUGACUGGGGGCAGCCUCUUGGUGCCGUUUGUGCAGGGCAUGAUCCAACACAGAGGCAUCGUCAGCCACCAAAACAGCUGAUGACAGUCACACACACACACACACACGCACCGUCAAAUCGGAACGUACACCCAGCCACUCAUAUAUCCACAUGGUCUGUCUGGUGGGUGAACACACCAGCGUACGUACCUGAUCGACGAGGAAAGUGACGAGGGCGAGGGGUAUCCACACGGUGCCGUAGAUGAGCGUCAGGCCAAUUCGCCAGAGGGACCACCGCAGCAGCGGGUGAGGCAGCGACUUCUCGGGGUCGUAGGCAUCAAACGAACCUGAAUGGUACCACACAGACAGAUAUCCACAACAGACAGACACGCACGUCAACCACCGCCGAGCGAUCUGCGUCCGUGUGUCUGUGUCUGUGUCUGUGUACGGGGCGUACCGGUGACUGAGGUGGAAGACAUCAUGGUCUUGUAGUUGUUUGGCGAGGGCGCCACCGCCAGCCGGGUGGAAGGGGAAGCAUGGCUGACCUCGUCAGGCAUCACCGUGGCAAAGCUGAGCCUAGCGGCGGCAGUCAGACAGAUCCUGGGUCCUUCCCGUUCCUUUUUUCUCGGAGAAGCCUUCGCGACCGCUGUGCGUGGUGGAGUAGUGAGGUCUGCGGCCUUGGUGCG